AUGAAAGCUUUACACUGUAUAAAUUCUUUCUUAGAAGGUGUUGGUAAAAAUAUAAUUGAUUUUUGCCUGGUAGAUUUUGAUUUAACUGUGAAUGAUGAUAAUAUCUUUGAAACCAUGAUUUCUGAAGAAAAAACUAAUAUUAAUUUUCAGUCAGACAUACAUUAUAAUGAGAGUUUAAAUAAAGAGCAACAAAAUGCGUAUGAUAUUAUUUUGGACUGUGUUUUAAAUGAUAAGAAUGGAAUGUUUUUUAUUGAUGAUCCAGGAGGCACUGGAAAAACAUAUUUGUACAAGGCAUUACUUUUUGGUGUACGAUCUCGAAAUCUUAUCGCACUAUCAACGGCAUUAUCAGGUGUGGCUGAAUCUCUAUUACCAGCUGGUAGAACAGGACAUUCAAGAUUUAAAAUUUCGCUUGAAGUAAGUUGUGAUAUGCGCUAUUCAGUGAGUAAACAGUCUGUGCUUGGUAAACUUUUAGCAUUGUCUAGGCUAAUAAUCUGGGAUGAAAUACCAAUGGUUCAUAAAUAUGCUUUUGAGGCUUUAGAUAAAAUGUUGAGAAACGUUACUGGAUGUCAAUUAUCAUUUGGUGGAAAAGUCGUGUGUGGAAGAGAUUUUCGCCAAGUUUUACCAGUAGUACAAAGAAGAACAAAAGAUAUAAUGAAGGCAAGUUUAGUUUCUUCGCAUCUAUGGCCUUCUUUUACACAGCUAGCAUUAACCGAAAAUAUGAGAGCUAAAUUAGAUCCUUCAUUUUGUGAAUAUUUGCUGAAAAUUGGGAAUGGAAUAGAGAGAACACAUUCAUGUCAAAUGAUUACAUUUCCUGAAGAUAUUACCAUCCAUUUUGAAGAUGAAUUUAAAUCAUUGAAGGAAUUAAUUGACAUUGUGUUUUUCAAUUUUCAGACAUAUGGAGACAACCUACAUAUUAUAAUGAGUAGAAUUAUUUUAACCCCAAAAAAUGAAUAUGCAGAUUUAAUAAACAAUAUGUUGCUUAAAGAAAUUCCGAGAGAGAAAAAUGUUAUCUUGGCUGAAAUUGGGAUAGGAGAAUAUUGUGGAAAGCAAUUAUUUUUACCUAGAAUUCCAUUUAUUCCUCUUGAAGGCGAUAAACAGUCUGUACCAUUUAAAAGAACUCAAUUUCUAAUUCGUCUAUGUUUUGCAAUGACCAUUAACAAAUCUCAAGGUCAAACUCUAGAUUUUGUUGGCUUAUAUCUUCCAGAAUCUGUAUUUUUUCAUGGCCAAUUUUGUGUAGUUGUCAGAUAUUGUGUGGUGCUUAAUACGAAUACAAUUGGUGAAGUUGAUAUUUAG